AUGGUUCGCAUCAGCAGCCUCGCAGCAACACUCGCCCUCGCCAUGAGCGUCUUCGCCCUCACCCCCAACACAGCAGGCGCCAAGAGCGUAGGUGCAGGCAACGGCACCCAGUUCACGACCGGCGGCUGCGUCGCCGACGCAGACUGCCAGUCCGCAUGCUGCGCGGGCAUCACUGGUAGCGCGGUGGGCAUCUGCUCUGCUGCCGCGGCUUCGACGCAGAAUGGGAAGACGGGCUGUGGGUUCGUGGAUCCAAAUGCGGCGGCUACGAUUGCGGCUGCGAAGGCGCAGGUUGCGAAGCAGGGGUUCAGGAGAGUUGUGAGAGCUGUGAGAGGGGAGUAG